UCAACAAGGCUUCAACGAAGGUUAAUCCCAAGGGCUGCAGAUUUAUGAUUUAUUUGUAAAAUGAUUCGCAUUAACAUUAACUGGGAUUAAGAUAUGGAAUUUAAAGAAAAUGGCAAAAGUUCAAAUAUCUGCUUUGAGGGAAUGGGAGCCGCUAACAGAUCUAUUGAAUAAACUACCUACAAAAACUCAACGAAUAUUUAGCCAAGAUGUGAAACUAACUUGUAUCGACGCCUUGCCAGAGUUUCUUGCACUAGGGACAAAUGUUGGAAUAGUUUACUGGUACGACAGGAAAGGAAAAACAUUACAAAGAUUACGAUGUGAAGAUUCCAAUUGCCCUCUGACAUUUGUACGAAUUGUUUCAACUGUGGAGUACAUGGUGGCAUGUGGAAAUCAAAAUGGAAAUAUUACAAUAUUUCAGAUACCAAAACAAUUUCCAGACUCAUUGCCUCAAAGUCUUAAACCUAAGCAGGAGCAGGUAGAAAGGUAUACAGUGAGUGAUUUACACAAGGCUCCAAUAACUGCAAUAGAAUGGGCUAAAAAUGGAAUGAAACUAUUUUCUGGUGAUAAAAAUGGAUGUGUUGUUCUUACCGAAAUAGAUUUUUAUUUGCAUAUGUGUAAGUCAUUAGAAGUACUAAAUGAGGCAUAUGAAGUGGUACAGUUAAGUUAUGCUCAGCAAAGACUACUUAUAUCCACUACUUUUAGGAGUAUAGUUUGCUACCAGUUGGACAAAUGGAAGAUUUGCCAGAUUGGAAAAAAGGAUCGCAAAAUAUUGGGAAAAUUUGGUUGUUUACUUUAUCAGUACGGAUUUAAACCUACCGAUUUAUUAUUGUAUUGUACCAGGCCUGGAUUAAGAAUCUGGAUAUCCGAUUUUGAAGGCAAUGUCCAGAAAACAUUGUUAUUUAAGGACUUGCUAUGCAAAGAAUGUCCCCAAGUGCCAUUACUGAACCCUGUUUCAAAGGAACUACAAAAAUUAAAGCCACAGCAAGAGCCUGCAUUUGGAAAACUCCACUCUUUUUGUGAUAAUCUUUUAGUUACUCAUAGCAAUGAUAUUGUAUAUAUUCUUGAUCCACAGCAGAUGUCGGUUUUGGCCACUAUUUCUCACUUAAGAGGUAUUUUGGACAUUGUUACCUGCAAAGAUGAAAUCUUUAUACUUGAAGAGGAAAGAAGCUUAUUGAGGAUAGCCUUUCAUUCAGAAAUGGCUAAAAGUCAGUUAGAUCUAAAUCCCUCAUCAUCAACAAAUUUUAAUCCAUUAGACUUCAAAACUGACCUUUUCACUAAACCUCUUGAGGAAGAAGAUACAAUCAUUAAUGCAGAAGAAGCACAGGAGUCUCCAAAUGAGAUAUUCAGAAAUUUUGAUGAAAUUGGCAAGCAAAAUUUCGAAGAUGAUAUUCUGUUUAAACAGUCCAAAAAAGUAAGAAAGAAAUACACUCACAAAAGUAGGGAUAGUGUGUUGAGUUCAAGCUCGACGAGUUCUGAAGAGAAAGAUCCUAAUUUAAUCAGACCUACCCUAAUGAAUUUAAGUACAGUAGGUGUUUUACCAGAUUUACGGAGUCCUGAAUCUAUUAUAAAUGAUAUUGAAUAUAAAGAGAAAAUACUGGCUGAUGUUUUGAGUUUAGACAAAGUGAAAAUAUCUUCAUCUGAGGGAGAAAAACAACAGUCUUUGGGUAACAUAUCGAAAUUUGAAUCAUCAAAUCGAGCAUUACAAGUAAAAGAAAUAUAUUGUAUACCUCAUUGUAAAGAUAUAGCAAUAACGAAUAAUGUUGGCAAAAAAACAACUAAUACUCAAGUGAAAAGCAUUCCUAACGAAUGGAAAUUGAGUAAUGUUCAAAUAAGUACUAACAAUGUUUUCACCAAUGCUCAACAUUCAAAAGCCACAGCCUCGCUUGAAAGGAAAUCCUCAACUACCGAUUCUAUAUUAAGUGAUUGGGAAAUUGUAUAAAUAUAUUAUUUAUUCUAAUUUUAGCAGCUAGAUGUAGUAUUUAAGAUUUUUUUUAUGCUAUGUAUCUAAAUAAACUUUUAGUUUAA